CAUUUCAUCUACUGUGUGUUUGAAGGAAGCCUCGUAGGACGCGCAACGGGGAAGUUGAUCAAAGCAUAGAUCAAAGUGUUCAAGCCAGGAUGAUAACAAACAACUUUGCGAAAACUUUCUUCUUAGUGAUUUUGUUAACUGGCUUCACUGCAGCUACUACAAUUUAUCGUAAUCAAGAGGUUAUCAUCGACGAUGCUGAUCACUCUCUUGGUAACGUCGAAGACACCCACUUUCCGAUGGAUAGAAAUCCAGCAAAUGGUUGCUCUUGCCAGAAUAACGUCUGUAGCUGCUGUGCACAUAUAGAUAUCCCCCACAUCUUGGACACUACAGUGUGCGUCAACAUCAGCUACAUCUCAGCACAUCUGGGCUUAAAACUCGAAGUCAGCAUUGAUGGGAGAGUUGUUCUCUCGAAGGAGAUUUCAGUGAAGAAUCCUCCGCCCAUUUGCUUCAAAAUUCCUGUUCUCAAAAAGCUUGCGUCGUUAUGCUUGGAUUUUUACAAUCUGUCAUGGCGUGACCAUGUUGGUGGAUGCUUGAGAAUCAAAAUCAAAUUGCUGUUUGUUAUUCAUAAGUCUUUUGACAUCGGUUGCUUCCACUUUAACAAUCUUGAUGCCGAAUCCAAGGCUGGCGUGUCUGCUAUCUUGCGCGAUCUUCACAGAUUACAGCAGUUGAGAAAAUCUGGCAUCCCAGAUUUAGAUUACAUCAGAUUGGCAUAACAUAAAUCGAGUCGUUUCUUGUGAGAACGCACUAGUUUUAGAUCCCUAUAGGUUUUCUAUCUAAAUUUUCAUAAUCUAUAGGU